AUGGCGACCGAGCCCGACCCUUUCGCGCAGACGCUCCUCGCGCGCGCGCACCCACCCGCCGUCGCAGAAGCCCUCUAUACCGAACGCGUUGUGAAGCGCCCGCUCCAUAUUCGCGCCACGAGCCCGAUGCCAUCGGUCCGAGCCGCACGCCGGAAGACUCAGAACGAGCGUAAAGCCAAAGCGCGCGCCCGCAGCGCGCUGAAACCGCGCCCUCUUUCCGCCGCCCAAAAGCGCGCUCUCGGCCUCCUCGAGAUUCCUAAGGCGCAGCAGAAAUACGAAAUAUACGAGGGACUGCACAAGCUAUGGGCGGGCUAUAUGGCGGAAAUUCUGGGGCUGGGCGCAGAGGGCGGCAAGGCGUUCGUCACGCCUAGCAGUGCGGGGCAGCAGCUUGCGAGCGCAGAUAUGCACGGCGCGAUUGUUGAGGUUGUGCGCAGUCGAUGCCCGUCGCGUGUUGGGCUGAAGGGAAUCGUUGUGCGCGACACAAAGUUCACCUUCGAGAUAGUCACGAUGAAGAACGUGGUCAAAGCUAUACCGAAGGAGCAUACCAUUUUCCGGUUCGAAGUGCCAGUGCCAAGCAAGCAAGGAGAGGAAGAGAAGAAGCCGUUGGUUUUUGAGAUUUUAGGAGAACAAUUUCAGACAAGGGGCGCGGACAGGGCGAACAAGAAGUUUAGGAUCCAUUACCAGCCGGAUAUCUGA